AGUGUUCCUGGGAUGCAGUGCCCUUUGAAUCAAUUCCCAAUGCUGAUAAUUAGAUAAUGGCGGUGACUGAAACCAGAAAGCUCGUUCGGGCGUACCGUAUCAAGCGUGCUAUUGUCUGUACCGUGGUGUGGUCCCAAUUCUGGGUCCACUGUGGCAAAGCGGCACGCGACUACGCAGCAUUGUGUCCCCUAGGAUGGUUUUCUGUUGGAGACGGGGACAGCUGCGAAGCUCCGCCGAGUUAUACUGGUCCCUGCUCGACGUUCGGUGCUUUUGCCAAGAACAGCAAGAUGAAGAAGAAAACAGAGGAAACGUGCAGCGUCUCAUGGCCGAGCAUCGACGAAUGUAGUAAAGACUAUGAGGAGCGAUGUCCACAACAAUGGGUGGAAAUGGAGAACGGUUUGUGUGGCGCACCUGCGUCGUACACGGGACGGUGUGAGAGAAGCUAUUCCUUCACCAACCUUAAUGAAACAGAAAAGAGAUCCUGGGAAAGAAGAUGUGAUGUGACAUGGCCAUGCCAGAGACUUUGCAACAAGGACUACGACGCGCUAUGUCCGGAAGACUGGAUAAGCUCAGUUGGUGGAGCGUGCGUCGCCAGUGGAGAGUAUACCGGCCCUUGUUUGCCGAAGAUGGGCUUCGCUGACUUGACUCGAGAUAUGAAGAAGCAGAUCGAGCAGCAAUGUGAGCUGAGCUUCCCCUGCAAACAAAAGUGUCGAACAGAUUACGCCGCCAGGUGCCCAGAAGGCUGGUUCUACCUUACAAGCCCAAGAGUCUGCAGUCCACCAGAUGACUAUCGUGGAAAAUGCCAAGGAAAACGCAGCAUGGCAGAGAUGAAUGAAACUGACAGAAAGAGGUUCAGUAUGACGUGCGAGGUUGACUGGCCUUGUCUUGCCGGCCAACAAGAACUUCGUCAUGCAGAAAUGGCCCUCGGAAGACGAACUUUCAUGAGAUCAAGAAUAACCCGAGGGUCGGGGCCUAUCGAACCGGAAACGGGAAACAUCCUUAACCGCGAGCUUUAGCUGUGCAAUCAACCGACCACUGGCCCCCACGACGGAGCGUGUUGCGGCGGAGAUUGUGUAUCUGUAGAAACCACUCUGUCAAUGCUAUUCUACAGAGUAUCCAGGCGGGGCCAGUUGACCCUUGCUACGGAUACGGCCAAAACAGUGAUACAUGUUCGCUAAUGAGCUAAGAGCUGCAAGCAAGCAAACACUUGAACAUAUGAGCAGACACGCCUGCAGAAACGAAGGACGCGACUCUGGGCCCUCGUGCACAUCAUUUCAUCGGGGUUUGUGGCGCCUGCCGCACGAGGCAGGCAGUCCGUCGUAGG